GCGUUGCGGCAGAUCCAAAUUGCUUGCUCCACUCCAUUAUCCAAAACCCAAAAGCAUGGUCACUCUGGCAGUCUGCGGCUAAUCAUCUUCGGAGAUUCCUCACGCCAAAGUGAAACGCUGCUGCUGCGGCAAGGCCAAGGCGGAGCAUCGCGAAGCCACCAGCCGAGUUCGCCAUGAGACCGCCGCCGCCGCCGUCUCUCGCCCUCCUCCCCUUCGUCCUGCUUCUCGUCCUCAUCCCGUUGCCUCCGGCAGCGGCAACCGCGGCAGGCCACACCUGGCGGGAGGCGCUCCGCACGGCGGCCGGCCGCAGGGCCGCUUCGCCGGCGGUGCAGGAGGGCGCGGCCGCUGGGGUGCUCCACCGGCUCCUUCCCUCCCACGCGCACAGCUUCCGCUUUCAGAUCGACACCAAGGGCGGUGUCUGUGGCGAAUCCAGCUGCUUCAGGAUAAGCAAUGUCGAUGGCUCGGGAAGAGGUGGAGCAGAGAUUAUGAUCCAGGGUACCACUGCCGUUGAGCUUGCAUCUGGACUCCAUUGGUACCUCAAAUAUUGGUGUGGGGUGCACAUUUCUUGGGAUAAGACUGGUGGUGCACAACUGGCGUCAGUCCCUUCACCUGGGUCUCUGCCACGAGUGAAUGGAACAGGAGUGAAGAUUAAGCGCCCUGUUCCAUGGAACUACUAUCAGAAUGUCGUCACCUCCAGCUACUCCUUUGUGUGGUGGGAUUGGAGAAGAUGGGAGAAAGAAAUUGACUGGAUGGCACUUCAAGGAAUCAACUUGCCUUUAGCAUUUACUGGACAGGAAGCUGUUUGGCAGAAGGUUUUUAAGAGUUUUAAUGUCAGUGACAGAGAUUUAGAUGAUUUUUUCGGCGGACCAGCUUUCCUUGCUUGGGCUAGAAUGGGGAACUUGCAUGCAUGGGGUGGACCACUUUCACAAAAUUGGCUGGAUGGACAAUUGGCACUGCAGAAGAAAAUAUUGUCUCGUAUGACUGAGCUUGGAAUGGUCCCAGUUCUGCCGUCGUUCUCGGGAAAUGUACCAGUGGCGUUUAAAAAAUUGUUUCCAUCUGCCAACAUAACCAGACUCGGGGAAUGGAACACUGUUGAUGGUGAUCCUAGAUGGUGCUGCACAUAUAUUCUCGAUCCUUCGGAUGCAUUGUUUAUUGAUGUGGGACAUGCUUUUAUCAGGCAACAAAUUAAAGAAUAUGGUGACAUCACCAGCAUCUAUAACUGUGACACGUUCAAUGAGAAUACACCACCCACAAAUGAACCAGCAUAUAUUUCAUCACUUGGUUCUGCGAUCUAUGAAGCCAUGUCAAGCGGUAACAAGGAUGCAGUGUGGUUAAUGCAGGGCUGGUUAUUCUACUCAGAUGCAGCUUUCUGGAAGGAGCCUCAAAUGAAAGCACUACUUCAUUCUGUUCCGAUUGGUAAGAUGAUAGUGCUUGAUUUAUUUGCUGAUGUCAAGCCCGUAUGGAAAAUGUCCUCUCAAUUCUAUGGGGUGCCAUACAUCUGGUGCAUGUUACACAACUUUGGUGGAAAUAUUGAAAUGUAUGGCAUACUAGAUUCAAUUUCAUCGGGCCCUAUUGAUGCACGUACGAGCUACGGUUCAACAAUGGUGGGUGUUGGCAUGACCAUGGAGGGAAUAGAACAUAAUCCAGUUGUUUUUGAGCUUAUGUCUGAAAUGUCAUUCCGUAGUCAAAAAGUUGAAGUUGAGGAUUGGUUAAAAUCAUACUCCUAUAGGCGAUAUGGUCAAUCUAAUGUCAAAAUAGAGAAAGCUUGGGGAGUUCUGUACCAUACGAUAUACAAUUGCACAGAUGGAAUUGCGGAUCACAAUAGGGACUACAUAGUUGAAUUUCCAGACAUGAGUCCAAGUUCAUUCAGCUCCCACUUUUCCAAACAAAGGGGUAUGCCAAUUGUGAGGAAACAUCCGAGAUUCUUCUUAAGUGAGGUCUCGGCAAACCUACCACAUCCCCAUCUAUGGUAUUCUACAAAUGAAGCUGUCAAAGCCCUUGAACUAUUUCUUAAUGCAGGAAAUGAUCUUUCAAAAAGUCUCACAUUCAGGUACGACCUUGUCGAUCUGACAAGGCAGUCACUGUCAAAGUUAGCAAAUAAAGUGUACCUUGAUGCUAUGGAUUCUUACAAAAAUAAGAAUUCAAGUGGUUUGAACUUUCACACAAAGAAAUUUCUCGAACUGAUUGUGGACAUUGAUAUACUACUGGCUUCGGAUGAUAAUUUCCUUCUGGGCCCUUGGUUGGAAAGUGCAAAAAGCCUUGCUAUGUCUGAAGAGGAAAGAAAGCAGUACGAGUGGAAUGCUAGAACACAAGUGACAAUGUGGUAUGACAACACAAAGACCGAGCAGAGCCAUUUACAUGACUACGCCAACAAAUUCUGGAGCGGGUUGCUGAAGAACUACUACCUUCCAAGGGCGUCGAAGUACUUCACUGGCUUAUCGAGAAGCCUGCAGGAGAACCGGAGUUUUCAGCUGGAGGAGUGGAGGCGAGAUUGGAUAUCGUAUUCUAACGAAUGGCAGUCCGGAGAGGAGCUGUACCCUGUGAAAGCCAAGGGUGACGCUUUGGCAAUCUCCAAAUCACUCUUCAGAAAAUACUUGAGCUAAGCUUCCGACGCAGGUCUGGGACGAGGAAAAUAAUGCGCAAGUGAGGUCCGACCUGAGUUGGUUGUGUUCUGCGAGUCAUGUAAGGUUGAACUGUGAAUACUGUUUCGCUGUUUGCAGUGGGUAUCGUACUGUACUACCAUGUCUGAGAUCGUGUUGUAAUAAAUUCAGUCGCAAAAUUGCCCACCUUUCCUGUGUCUACAAGUGUGGUGAAGUUGCACCGUAUGGUCUA